AUGCUAUGCUUCUGGUAGCGGAGAGAUUAGAGGGACCAUUCAACAUUGAAUCAGUCAUGGAUCCUAUUGAUGUCAAGAUUUCUGAAGCCAUCAUGAACAUGCAAGAAAACAGCAUGCAGGUGUCAGCAAAGGUUUUCCAAGGAUGUGGCCAACCUAAACCAGCACCUGCCCUGAGAUCUUCCCGUUCUGUCCCUGAAAACUUCAAUACCCGGUUUAGACCAUAUAACCCAGAGGAGCGCCCUACAACUGCUGCUGGCACAAGUUUGGAUAGGCUGGUAACAGAUAUUAAAGAAAAGCUAAAGCUCUCUAAAAAGUUCUGGUCAACAUUACCCUACACAAUCUGCAAGGAUGAGCAAGUGACAGCCGGUCCAUCAGUUGAGGAAGACUGCUGGAACGGCCACACCAAGGCAAGAUACUUGCCUGAGAUUAUGAAUGAUGGUUUGACCAACCAGAUCAACAACCCAGAAGUGGAUGUGGACAUCACAAGGCCAGACACCUUCAUUCGACAACAAAUCAUGGCCUUACGUGUCAUGACUAACAAACUGAAGAACGCGUAUAAUGGAAAUGAUGUCAACUUCCAGGAUACAAGUGAUGAAACAAGCGGCUCAGGCAGUGGAAGCGGCUGUACAGAUGACAUAUGUCCCACCGAGUUCGAUUUCAUCACUACUGAAGCACCACCAGUUGACUCCGACAGGAGGGAGGUGGAGGCUUCAGCCACACAGCCUGGCUGGUCACUGCAGACAUUGCUUGUUGUCUUCAUCAGUCUC